AUGUAUUUGAAGGUCAGACAAUUCCAAGAUGCAUAUGAGCGAAUUUUGAAAUACUCUUCGUCACACUCUGCUUGUCAAUUGGUGAUAUUCGUUUCAUGUUUGAAUAUAGACGCGUUAUGCGCCAGUAAGGCACUGACUAAACUAUUCAAAAAGGAGUUGAUUCAGCUGCAGUUGGUACCUGUAUUUGGAUACGCGGAACUCAAAGGCUACUACCAAAAGCUGGACGAGAACGUCAAUAGUGUCAUUUUUGUAGGAUGCGGUGGAAUGAUUGAUAUCGAAGCAUUUUUGGAGAUUGAGGAUUCAGACGAAGAUGAGGACGCGAGAGCUGGACGUAAAAUAUAUGUGCUAGAUACGCAUCGGCCUUGGAAUUUGCACAAUCUGUUUGGCUCGCAUCGCGUUACUUGUUUUGAUGAUGGAACCGUUGAGGAAACACUACAAUCGCAGCAAGAAGCAUAUUUUAAGCUCACUGAACUUGAGGAACGGCAGGGAUCAGCGGAAGAUGGAAGUGUGAGUGGCGGUGACAGCGAGAAUGAUAGUGAUGGUGACGAGGAUGAGCACGAUACAGAUGUUGAUAAUGACGGUAAUAAUGAAGAUGAUGAAGACGAAGACGGUGAUGGUGGGGAGAAGUCAGGGUCGUCCAAAAGGAAAAACUCUCAAGAUAAUAACAAAGACCAGCGCAAGCUGCGAAAAAAGCUCAUUAACGAAUACGAAGGCGUGCUGGAAGAUUACUAUGCUCAAGGAACUUCGAUCUCUAAUUCACUUUCCGUCCAGGUUUACUCACUGUUGUCUGCACUCGGUGAAACAAACAUUUCAUUUCUGUGGCUUACAAUUCUAGGUGCGUCCUCCUUAGACGCGGCUUAUCCUCAAGUUUACAACCAAUUACUUCCUCUAUUACAGGACGAAGUUAAACGGCUCUCGCCUAAUGAAAACUACAAAACUCCCGAUACUCUCUCUCUGGAAAUUCAACCUGAUUACUACCUAUUUCUGCUGAGACAUUCGUCACUCUACGAUAGUUUUUUCUACUCCAACUACGUGAAUGCAAAGCUUUCGCUGUGGAACGAGAACGGGAAGAAACGACUGCACAAGAUUUUUGCACGCAUGGGGAUUUCCUUGUCCACAGCACAAGAAAAUUGGCUUUAUAUGGAUAAUAGAAUCAAAAGAGAAUUGGGAACAAUUUUUGAUAAAAACUUAGAGAGGUACGGCCUGCAGGAUAUCGUGCGAGAUGGGUUUGUUCGCACAUUCGGAUAUCGUGGUGCUAUAAGCGCUAGUGAAUUUGUGGAAUCUAUAACUGCAUUAUUAGAGGUUGGGCAGGUACUUGAUUCAAAGGAUAUAUCCCAGAGCAAUAGCGAUGGUGCAGAAAAGGAUACAGACUUGGAUUUGAAAGAGGUAAUGUCACGACGCGAGAGAAAGUGGGUAAGCAAUUUUUGGCUGAGCUGGGAUGCAUUGGAUGACAACAUCGAGCUCAUGCGUCGUGGCAUAAAACAUGCACAACACUUGCAACGGUGCAUUUUCAAUACUGGCGUGGCUGUUCUCGAGAAACGCAUGAUCAAGAACUUGCGACUUUACCGGCUAUGCGUGCUGCAGGACGGUCCCGACUUGGACAUUUAUAGAAAUCCGUUGACCUUGCUGAGGCUGGGCAACUGGAUAGUGGAGUGCUGUGCGGAAACGGACAACCGUCAAUUGCUACCGUUGGUACUAGGAAGCUUGGAUACUUCCACCGAAACGUAUCUGGUGGCAGGGAUUGCCCCACGAUAUCCCAGAGGCAUGGAUAAGUUAGAGGCCCGCAAACCGCUUCUUAACAACUUCAGUGUUGCAUUCCAGCAGAUAGCUGCGGAGACAGGAGCCAAAGUGAGAAUUGAUAAUUUUGAAAGUUCCAUUAUUGAAAUAAAGCGCGAGGAUUUGUCGCCCUUUCUGGAGAAACUGACACUAAGUGGGCUACUAUGA